CCUUGUCACCUAUGACUAAGUCUCCUUCUGUCACUAACUGCUGUUUGUCCAAGAAACCGUCUGUCAGUGAAGACAAAUGAGAUCCAUGAUUAACAAUUACAGACUCCAGGCAGUGAACACAUUAGACACCAAGAAUCAAGAGGGAGGCAGCCAAGUCUUUCAUUAUCCUUAUUACUUAUCAGCUCAUUCAUUUCAGUAACCCCCGCCCCUUCACCAACAGCUCCUCAUGUGACUAGGUAAUCUGGAGCAUCUCAGGUGUCCCACUCCUAUUGCAGACUAAAACACACAUCUUACAAUCAAAAUAGGUAGCAAUACAAAGAGAACGCCAUCCUGUCAGAACUGUGGGGAAAAUGGUUCUGCACCCAGCUAUCCAGGCGUCUAGAGAGGGUCAACUUUCUGCCCUGGAGCACCUAGCAGCAAAAGGCUUGCUGACUCCUGAUAUUUCCGAUCCUCUAGGUGCAUCCCCGGUGCACCACGCGGCACGCUGUGGACACCUUGACUGUCUGUGUUUUUUAGUGACUCGAGCACAUCUACCUGGCAAUUCAAGAGCCAGGAACGGAGCUACACCUGCUCAUGAUGCCUCAGCCACAGGACACCUACAGGAGCUGCAGUGGUUGCUCAGCUAUGGGAACUGCAGCCUGGAGGACCAGGACAGUUCAGGGGCGACCCUCUUACACCUGGCCACUCGCUUUGGUCACAGAGAUCUGGUCCAGUGGCUCAUGCAAGCAGGGAGCAAUGCUGAGCUGGAGACUGACUGUGGCGCUCUACCUGCCCACUAUGCUGCAGCCAGGGGAGACUUAACCUGUCUCAAAUUACUCAUCGAUCAGGCACCCAGAUCUGUGAACAGACAGACGAGGAAUGGCGCCACACCCCUAUAUUUGGCAUGUCAGGAAGGGCACUUGCACAUCGUUGAGUUCCUCGUGAAGGACUGCGGAGCUGAUGUCCAUUUGCGAGCCCAUGAUGGUAUGACAGUUCUUCAUGCUGCAGCACAUAUGGGACAUCACGCCUUGGUCGUCUGGCUGGGUUCUUUCACGGAUAUGGACCUCUCCAUACAAGAUAAUGAGGGAGCUACAGCCUUACACUUUGCUGCCAGUGGUGGGCAUCACAGGAUCUUAGAGCGCCUCCUCCGAAUGGGAGCAAAAAUUAUCAAGGAUCACUGGGGAGGUACUCCCUUGCAUGAUGCUGCUGAGAAUGGAGAAUUGGAGUGCUGUCAGAUUUUGGUAAUGAAUAAUGUAGACCCUGAAAUCCAGGACCGCGAUGGGUACACCGCCGCAGACUUGGCAGAAUAUAAUGGGCAUACAGAGUGUGCCAACUACCUGAAGAGAGUGGAACAGCUGCCAUCUACAGGCAGCAGUUCACUUUUGAUAAUUAGCAACACCGACAGUGAAAAACGCACAAAAUCAGUGCAGUUGAAGCAAGCCAACUCUGGUGACUAUUACAGAGCCUUAACCGAAAGCAGUGAAGAGUCACCAGGAGCAGCAACGGUAAUGGAUGGAAAAAAGAAUAUAGACAUCGCAUCGGCUCAACAGUGUCCAGCACAAAACAUGCCUCCACUGCCACCAGCAUCACCCUUACCACCAGCAAACAGCCUGGCAUCUUUAAAGUCGAAAGCACAAAGUACAUCUGCUCACAUUAAAGUGGAGACACCUGCAGGGCAAAAAUUACUUAACACGGUGCUGCCAAAUUCGGACAAAGUCAAAUUAUUUUCUGAAAUGAAGAAGUUCAAGUCUCUUAAGCAUGCAGGAAUCACAGCAGUGUUUUCUGGACCGAAGCAAGAGACCAAAUCAUCUGCAAUGGUGACUCUGCCCACAGAGGAAGUCAGCGUGGUGGACAUUGAUUCACUUGUCCCCACUCAUGAUGAGAAAGGGCUCCCCAUUGCAGAGUGGAAGCGCCAAGUGAUGGUGAGACAGCUGCAGGCCAGGCUGCAGGAUGAGGAGGAGCAAAGAAGAAAGAAAAAUGGAAAUAAAUACGUGGAAGAAGAAGGAUGGACAUAUUCUCAAGCCCAUAAUGCAAUUCUUGGUCCAUUUGGUGAGCUUCUGACUGAAGAUGACUUAAUUUAUUUAGAACAGCAGAUUGAAAAUGUACAAAUGAAGAAGAAAUGUCAGGAGUAUGAGUCUGAGCUCACCCGUUUAGCUGAAGAAUUGAGAACCAUCCUGCCUGCUCCAAUUGUUAACAUCACGGUCAACACACAAUUCAUACAGCAAAAUGCUGGGAAGGAAGGACAUGUCUCUUUACCUGUCUGGUGCAACCGAAUAUCAGGUAUUGUAAAGAGUAUGUCAUUGCUUCUUGCAAAUGUCAAUGACAAAGACCAUAGAGAGACACAAAAAAGAGAGGUUUCAAGGAUGCCCAGCAAUGACUUGAUGCAUGUUUUUUCUCUAAGAUAUGAGAAGUCAAAUUCUGUUUAUGGGACAAGGGAAAAGGUAGAACAUGAGCUUCAGCAAUUUGGGGUAUCAGUUCGAAAUCUCAGAUCUAACUUUGAAACACAGUUAACCACAAAUGAUGUAGCUGCACCAUUUGAUAGCCUUGAUGAAAAGAUAGCAGAGGAAUACAAACCUGUAGCCCACAUCUAUACAAGAGGAACAGAUGCUACAAACAGAUCUCAUGUGAGGGGUACAGAAGAGCAACCUCUAGGAGUUUGUGAUGAAGAUCUGUCUCACCCAGCACAGCUAGAUGAUGCCAGUGACUCAGGUAUUAGUUCAGAAGAAGCACUUCCUGAAGAAAGUCUAUCACCGGUUCAGGAGUCAACUAGCCUUAGGAAAGAGCGAAUUGUUGUCCUGUUUCUUGGACACUGGAAAAAGUCUACCUACUCAAUGUCUCUUAAGAUGAAGGACUUGCAAAGAAAGAAGAGCUGUCCAGAGGAGACAAAACCACAGCCAGUCCAAAAGAAAGAAGAAGUGGAAUCAGGACAUGAGACCCAAGUGAAAAAGAAUCUAGAUAAUGAAAAGCUAAGUCACUUUUUGCAGCAGAGAAGCGCCAUCAAUAAAAUGAUUGGAAACUGGAGAAACAUCAUCUCCCAUGUCCCUUCUAGGCAGAUACGCCGGCUUAACCGUCAACAAAUCACAUACUCUCCUGAGCAGUUUUUACCUCGAGUGAAUGGGGCUCCAAUUGAAUACAACCAAUUGACCCUUGAUCUUUUUAUGUUGGGAUAUUUCCACAUUCUUGAGCUGGAUCUGCCACCCGAUGAAAGGAAAAUGAGGCACUUACUCUGUUUUGAAGUGUUUGAUCACUUGGGGAAGUUCACCUGGGAGACAGUCCGCAGUUUUCAUAGAGCAGUCACUGAGGACAUUGAAGCUGGUAACAGGGAAUGGAAAGAUGGUUUUGAGGAUAUCAAACAAAAAUUCUUUGGAAAUGAGCAAAAUCAGCUUUCUGCAGCAGGGGACACCAAGCAAGGCUCUCCUGUGGCAAGGUCAGUGCCCAAAGUCAUCGUUCAAACUGCCACUCCUGAGGAAGAAGAAGGUUUGGUGAGGAGUGGUGGCACAGACCUCAGCAGCUUCAGCAAUGAUGAGAUCUGCAAGUACAUUGACCGCAGUUUUGCUUUCUGGAAGGAGAAAGAGGCAGAGAUCUUUGACUUUGAGUAGUGUUUAAUAAGCCAGUUUUGUCCACAGACAAAUAAUGAGCUGAGUUGUAAACCAUUCAGUAUCAAGGAUCUUAUUUUUACACAGUUGCUACAAAGGGAACCUACCUAGACACAAACAACCUUCUCUCUAGUAAUGUAUUACAACUUGCCACAUAAUGUGUUUGUUUUUAUUUUUGCUUCUGUUAGCUAUUAGACAUACCAAUUAAAUAUUGUAGACAUCUCUACUGUUAAUUAAGAUCUACCUGGGGUUGUCUUGAAAACUUUCUGGACUUUGGGGGUUAGGGGGUGGUGCGAGUCUAAUUGAAAGUAGGUGAACGCAUGUUUCUUUAAGGCAGAUGUUCUCAACCGGGGGCCACAGCCCCAACUAAACCUCCAGGGAUGUGACUGAGAAUAUUGAUAAAAUAGCACCAAAGUACAAAAAAAAUAUAUCCAACCUGCUUUGACAGUUUUCAAAAUAUGUUACAUACCUUUCGUAAUGACUUAGUUUUCUCAAAGACUCCCUUUAAAAUCCAUUUCAUAUAUUCAGAUUAUAUCCAUAUAUAGUUUAGCUGGAUUACAUUUACAUCUGUCAUUAAAAUCCAUCUUGUGCGAUCACAUCAGAUUCACAUACAGAUCAGAUGGACUACUUACAAUCUAUUCACAGAAAUUCCCAUUCAUCAACAGCUCAGUUUAUUUAGAAUGGGAAUGGGCUGCUUGUUAUCACUGAACUAGAAAAACUGAAAAGAAUGUGACAUGCCUCACUGCUGUGAAGAAUCAGGAAUGAUUUGACAGUCUCAUGAAGAAGAUGGGAGGUCAGCUUCACACACGCUACCACAGCCACUUCCAUAGCAUUCAGUUUUUAAUUGUCAAGACUUGCCACCUUUCCACUUCUUACCUGACUGCUGUCACCGUUCCACACAAUGCUUUUGUCUUUUCUGCUGACAUGAGUGUUGUAUGUGGAGAGAAAACACAUUUGCAUUUCCACUCAUGUUAAAUGUGGCUAUCGCUAAUGGACAUGCAAAUGAUAACAAAGUAGCUUCUGUAAUUAAUUUAUGAAGAAAUGACUGCAGUGACUAAUUCUGCAGUUUAAAGCUUACUUUAUUAUAUUUUAUAAUUUUCAGAUGCUUGAUCAUGUUAUGCUUUAUUUUAAAAGUAAUAGUUAAGGCCAGUGAUGAGUGACCUGCUUUUGCUGUUAUCACAAAUGCCUGCAGUAGUAAAUUCUAUAUUUUGGUAAUUACUGGUCAUUAUCCUUAAAAAAUGACAACUCAUUUCAUGUUAUGGUUAAGAAAUUCAUGCAGUAGUAAAAAUAAUUUUCAUACAAUACAGAAUACAGACCAUUUUUGAAAUGGCCUAUUAGUUUUGUGUUAUACUUUAAAAACACAGGCAGUGCAACAAAACUAGUUGUGAAAAUCUCAUCUCAUCUCAUCUUCUGAAAUCAUUUUUCCUAGUGAGGGCUCUGGUGAGCUGCAAAUAUGCUUUUGUAAGUAAAUGAAAGUUCAAAAACAAGCAUCUUUGUGAAGACUGCAGCAGAAGUACAAGUCAGUAAAUAUCAUUGCCUGCAUAGAGGAGCCCUCACAUAUCCCUGGUGUACACUGGAGGACCUUGACAGAAUAAUGGUUGAGAACCACUGCUUUAAAGGGUUUGCCUUUUCACGAGUGAUGAUAGAGUGAGGGAAGGGAUCUUGGAAAAUGGGAACUGAAGAGAAGUAUGAUAAAGCCUCAUGUUUGCAUCAUCAGAAGUAUUUCAUUAAAUUUUUAAAUAUUUUUUUUCAAAUAUACC